AUCCCGUUUUCCUUCCACCGAGUCGCAUCCAAACCCGCUUGGCCCUGUCCCCUGCCAGGUGCGACACCAUUGACGUUGGGCUUUUUGGAACUCGCAACUUCAAUUAAUCGCGUCGCAGUUCGAUUUACUCCCCAAUCCAGCAUGCGCACAGUAUCUCGACUUCCAGCUCAACUAUCAAGCGCUCGUUCCUGAUCGCUUUGCUUCCUUUGCCUCGACGACCUUUCCCACGGAUACAACCUUCCAUUGUGACUACUUGCGACCCGCAGAAAAGAAAGCGCAACGCGCUCGAGCGAGUGUUGUGUUGUCGCUGCUUGCGCCUGCCCUGAUUCCGGGUUGGCUAGAGGGAAUCCGUCCACCGACCGUGACGCUGGCCAACACCACGCUCGACGCGCCCCUCCGACCUCGAUUUCCAACUUGCUAUGGACAUCAACAGAAAUAACAAUUCCCAUAAUAGCAAACCGAAGCAUAUCUCUAGGUUAAAACAAGAGAUGUACCAACUACGGCUUAAGAACAACCCUUUCGGCUCCCCGCCCUCAUCCACCGGCGACCAUGACACGGUUAGCACCACCACCGAGGACCUCUCGCGCAACCUGUCCGCCUUCUCCUUUAAUCCCGACGACGAGGGCACCCGCAAGGCCAGUGAGGACUACAGGCUCCCUACCAAGCGACACGCUACUCGCUCCGGCCGUUUUGGCUCGCGGCAGCAACAAGAACAGCAACAGGCCACCAUGCUAAACACCUCGGCCAUCGGCCGCGCCUUUCCCGAAUGGACUGGCCCAAUUAACGAUACGGCCCCAACGACACAGAACUUUGAUACCAAUAUUGCCUACAAUCCAUAUUCCGAAGCCAAGAACCGCAAAGAGAACAUCCGCCCUAUCACCGAGCUAACGGAGGAGCACCUCCUCAACUACGGGUUGGAUCCUAAGAAGAAGACCCGUGUGGAGAUGCAGCCUCGAGUUGAGAACGAGUCCGACUGCUCGACCAUUCUCUCCAGAUCGCCUGGCCGGGGCGCUCGUCGCUCUCGGUUCAACAACGCCCAUAUGGAAAACAGAGCCGCCUCGCCAGAAGUUCCCAAGCGCUCUCUUCAGGAUAUCGUCUCCAAGAUUCGUACCGAGAAGGAAGCCAACAGAAACCAGCUAUCCCAAAGCGCCAUGCCGCCGAAACAAUCUCAGCCCAUACAUGCCAGUCUCAACGCCUUCCUGAACUCGGACCUUGCUGCGGAAAAGACCAACGUGGGCCCUACUGAAGGUCGAUCUUUCUUUCUUCCAGCUUUUAGACAUUUGCCCGACUGGACAUCAGGAGCCCUCAAGUUUAAUACCAUGAGAGACGGCGUCCCUGUGUUCGUCAAGUCUGGUAAGAACGGCGUACGGCUCGGUCAGUCUGGCGACCACGAACCCAUCAAUGCUGUCGGCAUUCCUGAGGAGGACGAGCAGAUCUUUGUCUCCAUGGAUAAGCUCCAGGAGGAGGUUCGCGAACUCCAUGAUCAUGACGCCAUGCUCCAGCGCGAAGCGGAGAAGCUUCAGCGGGAAGUCAAUCAGCUCCAGUCUGAACUUAAGCGUUACAAGACUAGAAGACCAUCGGACAGUGCCAUAGGAUCAGACUCCGAUGGCUCAUUCGGCAGACAUGCUCAAGCGAAUGGGUACCAGCUUGAGACUCAGAUCGCUCAGCUACAGAAUCGUCUCGAUCAGGCCAGCAGGCAGGUUGGAGUACAAGAUAUCCACAGUACAGCACUCGCGGCAGAGCGCGACGAGGCCUUGCAUCAGGCGUCACUUGCUCGCGAGAGAGCGAAGCGACUACAGGCCGAGCUCGAGUCUACGCAAAAAGAUCUCGAGUUCACCCUUCAAUACCGCAAAGACAAGGACUCCCUACAGAAUGAGAAUAUCGCUCUACGCACUACCAAUGAGGAGCUUAAACAGAAAAACGAGGCUCUCUCGCAAGCGAACCAGGAGCUUUCCACAAAGUACGACAGACUUCGCCGGGAACAUAUGUCAGCACAAAAAGACCUGGCUUCAACCCAAGAGGAGCUUGCAUCUUUGCGCAAGAAGUAUGAUGCUAUCCUGGAGGAGAAGAAGCUUAUCGUUCAAGACCAUGCGAGCAUGGAAUGUAACAAUGAGAGCUACUUCAAGGAGACCAAGAAGCUUCAGGCGCAGAUUGCCGCCAGGGAUCAACAUAUCGCCGACCUCAAGAGAGGAAUCAGCACUCGGGAUCAGAUGAUCGACAACAUCGGAGGGCUGACAACAAACACGGCAGUCAUCGAGCUCAAUGCUGAGCUAGAGGCCGAAAUCGAACGGUUGAAGCAGAAGCUGCAACAACAACAGGCGACCAGGACUAAUGAUAGGGAUGGGUCAAUCAGCGCAAAAGAAGGCAGGAUUCGUGUUCUCAAAGAGCAAAAUCUUGAGCUAGAGUGUGAGAAGCAGAAGCUCCUGGAAGAGAACCAGCGGCUUCGCGCAGAGUAUGAGGAGAUGAGGAACCAGUGGAUCGAUGAUCGUCAUAAGGUGGUUCGACUCAACCAACUCCUCACCAAGAACAACACUGAGUUCCUCAAGACCAUGAACGACAACACCGAAGACUGUGUCCGCUUGGAGGAGGACUUCAAGAACAAGGAGGCAACUCUCCGUCAAAAACUGGAGCGCCGAGAGGCAGCCAUCAAGAAGGUCAAGCAGUUGACCGCGCAGAUCAACGAGAUCUCACAAAGGGAACUUUUGGGCAAACCUUCAAAGGUCACGCGGAUCGUGGAGCCGAAAGAUGGCACUAGCACUAGAUAUGCUGCGAGCGAUCUGACUGGAAAGAGCGGUACCAUGAAUGUUGAUGACGACCCAACAACGGAACUUAACCUGACCCAAGGGACCGAUUUUGCCAGCAUCGUGGAUAACGAGAUUGCGAGGUUGAAGCAAACCUACCGAGACUUCGAAAAUCAGCAGCGGCAAAGCGAGAAUGAUAACACCACGCAAGCGUCACAAACAGGUGAUGCGGUCCAGUCCAAGAAUCAACCGGCCGGUAUCCUUAAGAAGUCGAGUCGAUUUGCGUUCGACGAAGAUACUGGUCGUUUCAGUGUCAAGUCUGCUUUCAGCGUCGCCAGUCACCACAGCGACAACGAGUCUGUCAAGACUGCGACUACCAGCAAGAGCCGCCGGCCUUCAUCGAUGGGUGUCCAGGGUCAGGAAACUUCACGACCUGCAUCCAGGGUGCGGCGAAACUCGGACAACCCUACCAUCACGACGCAGACCGAUAAGCAGUCCAACAUCGGUCAGUCGGUUCCCGCGCUAAGCAAGGAGGCUCGCCGGGUACUUGAUCAAAUCUGCAACCACAAGUCAGAUAACUGCAAUGUCUGUGUUCGUAUCGCAGCGAACGGACAUCAUGUUAGCCCAUCCACCGAGGCUCCGAUUACUGUCGCGGAUAUGAGGAAGGGAAAGAAGACUGUUCGCGUGGACAGGCCUGUCCCUGUCUCGGAUCGCGCAGUUGAGGACCGUGGUAACUACGAGGAGGAGCCAACCAUGCGUCCCGCCAUGGCGCCAGGCGAUGCGCUUGCGGUAUUGAUCAAGGAGAUUGGCGAUGAAAUCGAGCACCUUCAGAUGGAGCUGAAGCGUAUGAAUGAGCUUUACUUCAACCUGGACAAGUCUACCGGACAGCGCGAGCGUAGGCGGCUCAUGGGUGAGAUCAAGAAGUUGCAAGCCGAGCUUGAGACAAAAAGCGGGCAGCUGUACAAGCUGCAUGAUGUCCUUGAAGGACAAAAGGAUGCUGGCCAGCUGAUGGAUGACUCCGAACUUGAUAUCACCAUUCUGAGUGAUCUGCUUCGCGUUAAUGGCGCGACCGAGAACAACCAGGAGGCUUCGUGGAAUGGGUUUGAUGAGUAGAGCCGGUCGAGAUGGUGGCACUGAUGACGAUGAACUUGGUCAGGGGCGUUUUGGCAUUUUUCUCGGAUCACAUUGCAUGGGUUUGCUUUAAUCUCUGGGCGUUUGAGCAAUUGGUUUGUUGCUCUCUGUCUUGAUGACGAGCAAGGCGAAGGGGUUGUUAUAAAAGUGGUUCCGCCGGUUUGCUAUUGUAUGGGCUUUGGCCUGGGUCUUUUUCUCAUGAGGAAUAAUUUUGUUGUAUGAUUUUCUCUGUGG